GCGGUCCACUCCUCUUACUGCUCCUGGGCGUUAUAAAUAGUAAAGGUUAAUUAGUUAGCCGGGAAAUUGGAUCAGGGGCGGGCGGCUAGAAUUUGAUCCACGGACAGGUAACUCAAGCAAUCCCCCAUUGUCACUGCAAUCAGACCUAUAUAAAUCCGCCUUGACGGACAGCAGUCACCACAUAGCCUUACCUCUCCAGCUGGAUCACCGACCGGGCGACAUCCCCACCUGACACGGAAUACAAUGGCGCUCUCAUCUAUCCUUUCCGCUGAUGCCAUCGACAGUGCUAUCAAGGACUGCCAAGCACCAGACUCCUUCUCUCCCAGGAAGUUUUUCCAGCUGUGUGGCCUCACCAAGAAGAGCCCCCAGGAUGUGAAGAAGGUUUUUGGGAUCCUGGACAACGACGCCAGUGGCUUCAUUGAGGAGGCUGAGCUCAAGUUUUUUCUCCAGAGGUUUUCUCCUGGGGCUCGAGUUCUGACGGACCAGGAGACCAAGGACUUCCUGUGCGCUGCCGAUGACGACAGCGAUGGAAUGAUUGGAGCAGAAGAGUUCCAGGCCAUGGUCUUGUCCUAAACAGCUGGACUCCUUCCCCCCGACUUUAUCUGACCCCAGUCCUGCCCCCUUCCCCACUCCACUGCUUCAGGGGCUCUUUUACUUUUAGUCAAUCGUGUCUAGAUAUUUUUCCUUUUUGAUUAUUUUUUUUCUUUUUGAACGACUCGCUCCGGUCCACACACAUCCACAUUCUCAUCGCGUUUUUUGUUUUUCAUGUUUCGAACUGAACUGACCGAUCAUUAGCCAGAUAAAUGUACAAUUCACCAAAAUACUGAGAAAAUAAAAGAAUAAAAUUCCAA